UGGAACGUGGCGACGUAAAACGCAAGAACGCUCAUUACGUCAACUGUGACAAAAUUCAACAUGGAGGACGGCGGUGUUGUAGUUGAAAAACCCCAGGAGGACGUUACUGCUAUGCUAAGCUCAAGGCCCCAGACGGGCCUGUCCUUCUUGGCCCCAGAACCAGAGGACCUAGAAGACCUCUACAGCAGAUACAAGAAAUUGCAGCAAGAGUUGGAGUUUCUGGAGGUGCAGGAAGAAUACAUUAAAGAUGAACAGAAGAAUCUUAAGAAGGAGUUUCUUCAUGCCCAAGAGGAGGUGAAGAGGAUACAGAGCAUCCCGCUUGUUAUUGGACAGUUCCUUGAAGCUGUGGACCAGAACACUGCUAUUGUUGGUUCCACUACAGGCUCCAACUAUUAUGUGCGCAUCCUUAGCACCAUAGAUCGCGAGCUGCUGAAGCCCAAUGCCUCAGUGGCCCUCCACAAGCACAGCAAUGCCCUUGUGGAUGUGCUGCCCCCCGAGGCAGACAGCAGCAUCAUGAUGCUCACUUCAGACCAGAAGCCUGAUGUGAUGUAUGCAGACAUUGGGGGCAUGGACAUCCAAAAGCAGGAAGUGAGGGAGGCAGUUGAGCUGCCCCUUACCCAUUUUGAACUCUACAAACAGAUUGGUAUUGACCCUCCCAGAGGAGUGCUGAUGUAUGGGCCCCCUGGCUGUGGGAAGACUAUGCUGGCCAAAGCUGUGGCUCACCACACUACAGCUGCAUUCAUCCGUGUGGUGGGCUCUGAAUUUGUCCAGAAGUACUUGGGGGAGGGCCCUCGCAUGGUGCGCGACGUCUUCCGACUGGCCAAAGAGAAUGCUCCAGCCAUCAUUUUCAUUGACGAGAUCGACGCCAUUGCCACUAAGCGUUUUGAUGCCCAGACUGGCGCUGACCGAGAGGUGCAGAGAAUUCUGCUGGAGCUGCUAAACCAGAUGGAUGGCUUUGACCAGAAUGUUAAUGUGAAGGUAAUCAUGGCCACUAACAGAGCAGACACUCUGGAUCCUGCCCUUUUGCGUCCGGGUCGUCUGGACAGGAAGAUCGAGUUCCCCCUCCCAGACAGACGUCAGAAACGUUUGAUCUUCUCCACCAUCACAAGCAAAAUGAACCUGUCUGAGGAGGUGGAUCUAGAGGACUAUGUGGCUCGUCCGGACAAGAUCUCCGGAGCAGAUAUCAACUCCAUCUGUCAGGAGGCUGGCAUGUUGGCUGUACGCGAGAACAGAUACAUUGUCCUGGCCAAGGACUUUGAGAAAGCGUAUAAGACUGUCAUCAAAAAGGAUGAGCAAGAGCAUGAGUUCUACAAGUAGUGAUGCUACCCUACCUUUGCAUAUUAGAUCUACACUUUCUUUUUUCUUUUCAUUUUGUGCAUACAUAAGUAGUGUGAAUUUUACAGACUCAAAGCUGGUCAGGACCUUGCAGAGGUGGAAUGCAGCUUCUCAAGGUGUUCUUCUGGCAUUGGGUCUGUUAUUUCAAUACAUAGAGACUCUCUCUGACACACACACACACACACACACACACACACACACACUACAGAAUCUUAUGUGACCAGCUGGAUGGCCAGAAUCGAAGGAACUUCAUGUUCUACAAUGAUAUAACUGUAUAACUAUGUCCAUUAAAAAGAGGUUUUCCAUAAAA